GUCAUUGUCUUAGAAGCUAAAGACAGAAUUGGUGGCCGAGUGUGGGACGAUAAGACAUUCAAAGGAGUCACUGUUGGAAGAGGUGCACAAAUCGUCAAUGGAUGUGUCAACAACCCAAUGGCACUAAUGUGUGAGCAACUUGGCAUUAAAAUGCACAAACUAGGGGAGAAAUGUGACUUGAUCCAGGAAGGUGGAAGGAUAACAGAUCCCACUAUUGAUAAACGUAUGGACUUUCAUUUCAAUGCCAUCCUAGAUGUCGUAUCUGAGUGGAGAAAAGAUAAAACUCAACAUCAAGAUGUUCCUCUUGGUGAAAAAAUACAAGAGAUCUAUAAAGCCUUUAUUCAGGAGUCUGGUAUCCAGUUCAGUGAGCUGGAAGAAAAAGUACUACAGUUCCAUCUCAGUAAUUUGGAGUAUGCCUGUGGCAGCAAUCUCUCUCAGGUAUCUGCACGCUCAUGGGACCACAAUGAAUUUUUUGCCCAGUUUGCUGGAGAUCACACUCUACUAACUGUGGGAUAUUCUACUGUGAUUGAUAAAUUGGCAGAAGGGCUGGACAUCCGGCUGAAUUUCCCAGUACAGAGUAUUGACUAUUCUGGUGAAGAAGUACAGGUCACUACUGCAGAUGGAACAGUGUGGACAACACAAAAGGUAUUAGUGACUGUGCCACUGGCCCUUCUUCAGAAAAAUGCCAUUCAGUUUAAUCCUCCACUGUCAGAAAAAAAAAUUAAAGCCAUUAAUAGUUUGGGAGCAGGAGUCAUUGAGAAGAUUGCCUUGCAGUUUCCUUAUAGAUUUUGGGACAGUAAAAUUCAAGGAGCUGAUUUUUUUGGUCAUGUUCCACCCAAUUCCAGCCAACGUGGGCUCUUUAGUGUUUUCUAUGACAUGGAUCCAGAGGGCAAACAAAGCAUUUUAAUGUCAGUGGUCACUGGAGAUGCUGUGACAACCAUUAAGAAUUUAGAUGAUAAACAAGUACUGCAGCAGUGUAUGACUGUACUUCGAGAGCUCUUUAAGGAGCAGGAGGUUCCUGACCCAGUGAAGUUUUUUGUUACUCGAUGGAGCAAAGACCCUUGGCUCCAGAUGGCAUAUAGUUUUGUAAAAACAGGUGGCAGUGGUGAAGCUUAUGACAUUAUAGCUGAAGACAUACACGGAAAAAUUUUUUUUGCUGGUGAGGCCACAAAUAGGCACUUUCCUCAGACCGUUACAGGAGCUUACUUGAGUGGGGUUCGAGAAGCAAGCAAAAUAGCAGCAUUCUAA